AAUAAAAAUAAAAAUAAAAAUAAAAUAAAAAAAUCUGGAGGAAACCGUGCAGCCCAGAACUUCGACGCAUUCUCGUCUUUGAACCAAUCCGAGCUCUCAUCCCAUCACUUGAAUUCGUUUCACGACAGAUCCUUUAGGUUUCCUCCUUCAUCUUCCUUGUUCGAUUCCAUCCAUCACCCACUAGAACAUCCGAUCUGCUCCCCUCCCCACCUCCCUCCUGUUCGAUUCUCACCAUCCAUAUCUAGGGUUUCCGAGGAGCUCCCUCAAAGGAUUUCCCUUUGGUCAGUUAUUUCUCUUCAUCGCCCCCGCGAGCUAGCAAUCUCGUGCCGUAUUGAAUGCGACGAGUGACGGGUUUAUAGAAUUAUUAUCAUCAUCUGACUAAAAGUUGGGUCCUUUCGUUGAUUGAUUGAUUGAUUACUGGGAACACGUUUCAUAAGGGGUGGUUGGAUCCUGUAGCUUCUUAGUUAUGACCUCUAGCACGACAGGGGAUCGGAGAUGGGGAACUACAAGAAGAAGUGGCAUGACUAUAUUGGGAAAGGUUGCUGUUCCAAAACCGAUUAACUUACCAAGCCAAAGGUUAGAAAAUCAAGGCCUUGACCCAAAUGUGGAAAUCGUUCCAAAGGGAACCCUUAGCUGGGGCAGUAAAUCGUCUCUGAAUGCGUGGGGGACAUCCUCGUUGUCACCACGAACUGAAAGUGGUCCUGGUUCACCAAGCCACCUCAGCACUCGCCCUUCUACUGGUGGAAGUGUUACUCGUCCUUCCACCGCUGAUAGUGACAAAGCGCAUGAUUCUUCUUCUACUUGGGAUUCGAAGUCCCGGCCUUCAUCAGCAUCCGGGGUUCUCCCAGCUAAUCAGGCAUCAGUUGCACUACAACGUCCACAUAGUGCAGACACAAGACCUGGAAGCUCGCACUUAUCCCGAUUUGCUGAACCCGUGUCAGAGACUUCUGCUACAUGGGGUCAACAUGCUCCAACGAAAAAGGAUGGGUUUUUUUUGACGUCUGGAGAUUUUCCUUCCCUUGGUGCUGAAAAAGAAAGUUCUGAGAAGAGCUCUGUGCCACAAGAUGCCGCUCGACCUGCAUCAUCGUCGGGAAGAUCUGUGGAAGAGCGAGAAGCUAAUGUACGGAUUGGAGAUGACAAUACCUGGAGAAGAGAUGAUCAACCAUACAGUGAAGAUGCACCUAGACAUUGUAGAGAGGCAGGGCAAUUGGACUCCCGUUGUCCACAAUCGUAUCCUAAUGCUAAUUUUCCUCACCAGUAUGAUGGUUGGCGUGGUCUUCCGGUAAAUAAUCAUCAAGGUGGUGGCUGGUACAGAGGGAACCAUCCAUAUGGUGCCCCAAUGGGUCCUGGGGGUUUUCCUAUAGAUCCUUUUCCAUUUUAUCCUCCGCAAGUUCAGCCUACUCCUGGCCAUGAGGCUCGUCCUAGGGGUAAUCACCCUGCUAAUGGAAACAUGUUCAGGCCUCCAAUACUUGACUCUUAUGUCCACCCAAGGAUGCAGACUAGGCCUGGGUUUUAUCUUGGUCCAGUGCCACAUGAAAGCUACUAUGGUCCUCCCAUGGGGUACGGAAGUCCCAGCAACAGAGACCUGCCUUUUGCAGGUAGGCCUGCGGGUCCUCAUGCUUAUAGCCAGCACUCUGGUCAAGGUGGGUAUGAUACGUCUGGAAGCUCAGUGGGUUUGGAACAGAAUGAGCCAUCACAUCCUCAAGAAAGACAAAGACAAUACAAGGUUCUCUUAAGGGCCCAAGAUGGUAGGAAUGGGGAAGAUGAAACAAAGCGGGAAGGAAUUCUAGGAAAUAGGCUCCCGAAUGCAGAGGUUGUAGCUCAUCAGAUGCAAAAUUCCAAAAACAACAGGAGAGGAAACAACAUUGAGGCAAGUGACGAGGUACAACCAAUUAGGGCAGAAAAUGCUGCCCCUGAAGAUCCCAGUUUGAUUCAGAAAAUAGAUGGCUUAAACACAAAAACUAGAAGUGGUGAUGGUUGGCAAAAUGCUUCAUCUGUCGUCAAUAGAGAUCAGCAGGAAAACAAAACACGUACAGUCAAUUCUGGGAACUCUGUGGAUAAAGUUUCAGGAAGAAUGCCUCGAACUGGUCAUGCAAGUGAUGGUACGAACUCGUUACACUAUAAACAUGGUGAUCUUGCCACCAACAAAAACUCUGAGCUGACAGCUAUUAGUGGAACUUCUAUAUCCAGGAGAUCUACUCAACAGACUCAAGGCAGAGCAGAUCAUCAGUCUCAACAAAGAGUGAAGAAUGAAGGCAAUGAUGGUUGGCGGAAGACAAAUGUUAUGUCAGGCUCCUCCCCUGCAACUUUAGCUUCAAACUCAGAAAGCUUUGCUGAGGUAAGUGUAGGUGACUCUUUGGAUACUGGUUCCGUUGGGAAGCCUGUGCCUGGAAUAUCUGUAGACCCAAACGACAACCAGCGUACUACGAUGAGAGAGUUAGCCAGGCAGCGUGCUCAAGAGAGGCAGAAAGAGGAGGAAGAAAGAGCCAGAGAUCAGCGGGCUAAGGCUCUCGCAAAACUGGAAGAGUUGAAUAGACGAUCCCAAGCAGCUGAGGGGGGUUCAGCCAAGAACUUGGAAGCUGAAUCUAAUGCUUCCAUCGCGAAUAUACCAGAAGUUCCUCGGUCUCUUUCACCUGCACGUAUGGUUGCAAAGUCUACAGAAUCUACUGAAGAAUCAGGAAAACCCUCAAUGCAAAACGCGAUGACUUCAACAGAAGAUGCACAUUAUGUGGACCCUAAUCACCAGGAUAAUCUUCCACGUCACCGUGAUGGCGCUGCUUCAAAGCAGAAGCGCUUGGGUUAUAAGCAGAAGCAACAUAUCGUAUUUGAGAAAAAAACGGCAGGAAACUCUUUCUCUGAAGCUACUACAGAGGUGUCCGACGUUGUUCCAUUUCCUGAGGUGUCAAACCAAGGUGUAAUAAGUCAUAACUCAGACACGCUAGCUACGCCGAGCGUUUCAACUGAGCCAGCUUUCACGAAAAGAAAAAAUAACAGGAACGGUAAGAAAAAGCACAAGGUUGAGGAGGCAAAAUUAAUGAACACGACAAGAGCUGCCGUUGGAAAAGAAACGAAAUCAGGAGAUGAGUCAAUUGAGAUUGGUAGGGUCAGGGCACCAGAAAUAAAGUUCGGGUCUUUGUCAGACCCAAGCUUGGAUAUCAAAGGGUCUGGUAAUUCGUCUGACCAAAUCAGUUCCUCCACGAAUGAAGAGUCCCAAAGCAGAGCAAAAAACAACUCGAAAACUCAACAUUUGCGCAAGACUCCAAGAAACACGCUGGUAAACAAGCCUGCAGAUAAAUUUCCUGGUAACAGUACUGUUAUCUGGGCUCCGGUACAUCCACAGCAGAAAGCUGAUGGCUCCGGAGGUGUAGGGAGUCCCGUUCCUGAGUUUAGCACCUCUUCGAAGAGUCUGCAUCAAGGGCAGACUAGUUCAAGAAGCAAAAGAGUGGAGCUGGAGAGAUAUGUAGCUAAGCCCAUAGUAAAAGAAACAGCUGAGCAAAUGGUCAGUAAAAAUCCAGUAACCGCUGCCCCAGAAAUGGCAGAGAAUGUUUUGCAGAAAGAAAAUUGUGGAGGUGGAGAAGGUAAAGGAAUUCUCCAACCCCCUGGGUCUCCUUUAAAAUCAAGACAUGGGAAUGGUAGGCAGGGCAAGCAUGGUAGAGGUUCUGCAGCAUCUACUAAAGCUUUGGAGGAUGGACAAUUAGGAACGUCAAACCAGCCAAUCCGAGGAACAGUGAACUAUCACACAAGUAAUCAAACUGGACAAAUUGCGGUAGACUCUUCUAAGGAUCGAACCGCAUCCAGUACAGGUGGAUGGAUCGAUGGCUGGUAUAUGACUCCUGAAACGCAGCACUCUGCUGCUACUGCUGAAGAAAUGGAAGCAAGUGCUCCUCGAACCAUCGCUGUUGGAAAAGAUCAGGGAAUGAGCAUUCAAGGUAAGCAGCAUGCUUCCAGAAGUAACUAUGGCGACUAUAAAAAAGCGAAUACGAGAGAUUCCAGCAAAGCUCAUAUGCAGCAGUCUGGCCAUGGGUUAGGUCAACAAGAUUUGCAUGUUGCUUCGAAUGAAAUUCGUGGUCAGUCUGGUGGUUGUCAAUAUUCGAGGGACAGAACUUACGCAUCUCAGAAGAGGGAUGUUGCUGGAUACGAGCAGCAGGGGUUUACUCCAGAACAGAAAAUGAUCUCAGCUGAUACACCAGAACAUUCUCAAAACCGAUCUGCCAGUCAGGAGGUCGGGGGUGGGCAUAAUCCGAAUAGUACGUUCCAAAAGAACGCAGGGCAGAAUCGACGGUUUGGAAGAGGGCAGGAGUCACACGGAGGUUGGGGUUCUUCGUCGAUGCAAGAGAACAUGCACCAUCACCAUCAGAGGCCACUUUCAAACAGAGAUAGACAGAAGCCAAAUCUGCAUUACGAGUACAAGCCUGUUGGGUCACAUGCUUAUGACGGAGAACAAUUGAAAGACAGUUCAGAAGGUCCAAGAUACAGGGAGAAGGGACAGGGAAACCAGCGGCAUGGUGGACAAAAGUCGUACCAACAGCAAAGGGGUAGUGCUGGGAGAAACACCGGUCAUGGAUUAUCAGAUGAGAGAAACUAAGACUGUCCUGUUUGUGAUUAGAUAGUUGAGCUGUGUUGGUGAGGCUUUGUCAAAGGAGUAGCAUCCGAUGAGAACGUAUUUGGCAACAAAGUCUUUGCUCUGGAGGGGUUUUUUUUUUUAUGUAUUUCAGUGAAUUAUUUGAAUAUGCAUGCAACUUUAGCAUUUUGUAUUACAUUUGGUGGCAGGUUGGACUUUACCUGUUCUGUUAAGCCUUUGCCCGUUACUUGUUUUUUCUUUGUUUUCAGAGUGUGGGAAUCAUCUUAUCUAACAUGAACUUUUACUUUUA